AUCCAAACCUACUACCACGCCAUCAACAGCCGCACGCAAGUCCUGCCCGCCAGCUUGACCUCCACAGACGAGAUCCUCGCGCUCGCCGGCGUGCACCACAUCACCAUCGCGCCGGGGCUGUUGCAGCAACUGGCCGCGCUGCCGGCUUCGGCGGCUACUACGGUCCCGAAUCUCUUCGAGACUACCCCGCCCAUCCACUACGACGCACCGGGAUCGUUCCGGGACGAUGAGGCGGGGUAUCGGCUUGCGUUUAGUCGGGAGGGGCGGGGGAAGAGUGAGGGGAAGCUUGCGCAGGCCGUGAGUAUCUUCUGUGAGAUGCAGGAUCGGUUGGUGCAGAUGAUAGGCGUGCUGUAG